UUUAUUUGUUGAGUGUUUGUUGACCUCCUUUGUUUGGAAGCUACAAGUAACAACCGGAACUGCUUGUUUUGAUACAUUGUAGCAAAGGCUGUCUGGGUGUCUGCUGUCUGUGUUUGCUGCGCUCUGAUUGGUCCCUCGCAGCAGGAGGCGUGGCUUCGUCAUAACAAUGCAUUCAAGGGACAUACACCCGCCAAGGAAUGUUUCCUGUCGUCGUGUAGCGAAUGUCCUCUUGUCACAUGUCCGGCGGUGUUUCCUGCUCAGGUGAGCGCUGCCCUCAAUGGACAGGACGUCUUGUGCGCUUUCUGGAGAAACAGAGAGUCUGUGCAGCAGCUGGAAGCGUGCGUAAGCGCCGUCCGACAUUGUCCAAAAAAUCUGUCGGGGAAAACAACAACAGCAGACUGGUCGGGGGGACAGUAGUCGCUUUGGGGUGCAAGGAUAACCGGAUGGGCCACGCCAUUUCAGAGGCUGCAACAAACAUCUCCCAUCGCUCCUUCUCAUCGAGCAAGCAAAGUAGCCAAGAAAGGUUGAGACAAUCAGAGGCAACAUACGAGUGCCUCCACUGUACAGUUUCCGUUCCCAGAGUGUGACUCGUCUGCACGACGUCACCAAUGCGACCAUGGGAAAUAGCAGUAAAUAGGCUGCCACCAACAGCCCCAUUAAAUCCAAGGAGGUUCCUUGGAGAGCCCUGCAACGCCCCGGUGCAUCUCAGGAGAAGCCCACCAGUGAGACGCCAGUGGGGGAGACGAGACAGGCCUGUACUGCACACUUCUCUGGUCCAGGAUGAGAACUUCCAUCAUCUGCUUUUCUCCCAACAUCACCAACAGGUUCCUUUAGAUGAGUCCAGACAGUACAGCCGCACCAGCACACCACCACGCAUGCUUCACCCUGCUGCUCACCUGCCCCAGCAGAGCCCCAUCAUGGUGGAUCUACAUGACCAGAUGCACCAAGGAUCCGUUCCAAUAUCAUACACUGUUACAACGGUGACGACCCAUGGAUUUCCUAUCCACACCGGGCAGCCCCUUCCGGGGUGCAACACUCAGCAGCUCCCAGCAUGCUCGGUAAUGUUCAGCGGACAGCUCUCUCUGCUCUGCUGCCUUCCUCCUCCUCUCAUACAGGCAUGUACCAUGCAGCAUAUGCCAGUGUCUUAUCAAGCCUUUCCACCCCUGAUCUCCAGCGAACAUUUUGUAUUGCACCCAACCCCAUCUGUACCCCCCCACCAGCCACCGCACCUUACUCCUUUGAGCCAAUUUGUCCCUUUACAGCCUCAGCACCCACGCAUGCCUCUACAGAGGGUAGACAAUGAAGUUGACCUAAGAGGGGACCAGCACCCAUUAGGGACCUUCUCCUACCCUCCCUCUCAUCACCCACCAGCGCUGCCUCCUUCUCUGCCCCUACAGUAUCUUCCUCAAGAGCCUCUGCAUCAGGAGCUUCCCUUUGGUGUGCCAUAUCCCCACAUGCUGCCCCGGCGAGUGAGUGGACAGAGAUACCGGUUGCAGCAACCUCUACCCCCUCCUCCUCCCCCUCCAUCUUACUACCCAGGCUUUCUCCCUUACUUCCUGUCAAUGCUUCCUGUGCCUCCAACAGCAGUGGGCCCAGCAAUCAGUUUAGACCUGGAUGUGGAUGAUGUGGAGAUGGAGAACUAUGAGGCGUUACUGAAUCUGGCGGAGAGGUUGGGUGAAGCGAAACCACGUGGACUCACUAAAGCCGAUAUAGAGCAACUUCCGUCCUACAGAUUCAACUCAGAGAAUCAUCUAUCUGAACAAACGCUGUGUGUUGUGUGCUUUAGUGACUUUGAGUGUAGGCAGCUACUUCGGGUAUUACCUUGUAACCAUGAAUUCCACGCAAAGUGUGUGGACAAAUGGUUAAAGACCAAUCGCACUUGUCCUAUCUGCCGAGCCGAUGCUUCGGAAGUACACCGGGAGGUGGAGUGAGAACUGUCUCUGAGUGCUGAACUGGAAAGCUGCACACACCAGAGUCUCUCCCAAAACUGGGGACACCUGCCACCUAACCUGCGUCCACCAGUAAAUAUAGCUUACCAACCCACCACUCCUGCCCCUUCCUAAACAAUAAGCAAUCCAGGAUUGUUUUCUGGAGCCUGUUGUACCUCUGCUGUGCUUCAUUGUCCAAGUCUCAUGAAACCCACUGCCUAUCGCAGCCUAUAGCCAGAGUUCUGGGAUCUCCGGCCAGUUCUUUCUCUGCCCCCGUGUUGCAGAUUCCAAAGAUUUCCCCUACAAUGCAUUAUUUGCUGCUUUUGUUUACAGGGUUUCAUUUUUAUUUGGUGGAUUUGGUUGUGGAGUUCAAGAAAAAGUGGGAGUCCUGCAUUGGAAGUGGUAAGUCGGAGGAUGAUAGGCUGGACACCUAGUGCAAUUAGCAGAAAAAAUAAUAGGAACGCUUCAACAUGGGUGUCUGUGUUUGGAGGCGAUGCCUGACCAUCAUAGAUGCAUGUUUGUGUAGAUGUUGGGCAAAGUGACUUGUUAAUAAUGUAUGUUCUGCAAUAAUGUAUUGAUCAUUUAAACAGUUUUACCCCAUAUUUGUUUUAGAUUUGCAAAUUCUAUUGUGAAAGUGUGACUUGCUGUGGUUAAACGCAGAUUCUGUUAAGCCCGACGUUAUGGACUGCAAGUGAUGGGACAUGCAACUGUGGGGUUUCUUCUACUCCUAAUUAUCCUCUCUGGAACACAGAUGUGUUCAAAAGCAGUCAUGGAUUAACGGACUGCGUCUUUUUGAGGUCAUCUGGCAUAACUGCACAAGUGCUACAUCCACCCUCCACGUCAGCAUUGUUCCUCUGGCAAGCGUGUAUGCGUGUGUACAUAUAGUGUGUGUGUGUGUUUGUCCUGUUGACAGAGCCAAUGCAUUGUGUAACCACUGGAUACAGGGCAGCAUGCUAGGAUUUGCAUGAACUGUUGAUUCAGACUAGCAAUAUUUUAAUCAAGCAUUGCCACCAAAAUUGUCGAAUUUUAAGAAAAGAAGAGACAAAUAAGCAUACUAAAAGAACUGCUUGCUUAUUCAGAAAGCACCACAAAGGAAGACUAGCAUGUGGUUCCACCGUAACUGCUUUUAGGGAGGGGAAUCCCCGUCUGAAGGCUGUGCUGAUGCCAUAAAGCUCUGGAGGUCUGUGCAGAAAGCAAUAUGUGCAGUGAGUGGCAAGUUUUAAAUGAACUUUCUUCCCCUUUUAGGAAGACUAGGAUUUUUAUUUCAUUGUUUGUGAGCCAAAUCCAAUAUACAGAUAUAGCCUACCGUUCAAGAUUUCAGAUCUGCCUUCGUAUGACCUUGACAAGCACAAACCUAUAACUAACCCUGAAAAAACUUUGUCAUUUCCACUUGUUUUGAAGGUAUGCUGUUAAAAAAACGUUUAUUUAUUUGCUUUAUCUUCUAGAGAAAAUACAUUGAAGGAAACAGUUGGAGCACUAACAUGUUUGUGUAAUGUAUGUGUUCUAAUUUCUACUAAACUUGGUCAGGUCAUUGUCUUAGGCCAUGGUAAUGGUGUUGUAAAAGAGCAACUGUACGUAUAGCUUCAGUGUGAAUGCUUUUAGAAAUCGUCUGAAGACAGAAGAAUGUUGAAAAAACCCUUGUAGAAGUCACUGGUGACACUCCACGAUACUUCAACUCUGUAUCCCACAGUGAUUAGGACGGGGUUCAAAUGACACAGAGCUGGAGUGUUCAGUAGUGUAGAAACACUGUUAGACUUCUAGUUCCCUGCUUGUGUUCACUCUUUAAAAAAAAAAACCCAGUGUAUGUUUUCGGGUGGGUGGAAAGAAAAGCAACAAAUGGACUUUUGCUUUGAAUUCACUCUUGUCUCUUAACUGCCCCACUAAGCACUAACAGGCAGUUGUAACCUUUGCUUUUAGGUGUAAAGGGAUCUUGCCUUUUCUUUACUUUUGUUUCUAAAGUGAAUGUGAGUCUUUGAUGUGUGUGCCACCUUCAAGAGAAAAAAAGAAGCCAUUUAAUGAGUUAAAACCCACAGCUUUGAGAAUUAACCUAUGUGUACAUAUCUAUUCGCUGGCAUAUAUUGUAAGUUUAAAAAAAAAAAAAAAAAAAAAAA